CCAAAAUGUUAUUUAAACGCAUCUAUCCGAAUCCUUUGACCGUGCCCACAAGUAGUCGCGAAUCGAAUGCCUAUAUGAUGCAUACUCUAAAAAUUUCGGGCCUUAAUGUGCAUAACGAUUUUGGUUAUAAGAAGAAAAUUUGGCGUGUUAUAUCCUUUUCAUACGGCAUGGUGUAUUUGCCAUUGAGUUUCCUUCUGAAUUACAUUUUCCAUAUUGAGGACUUCUCGGCUGCCGUACUGCUGCAAUCGCUUCAAUUGUGCCUGAAUACCUGGUGCUUUGCUUUAAAAUAUUUCACCUUGGCAUAUUAUGUCAAGAAUUUGGAGGAGGCCAACAAGUGUUUCGAUCAAUUGGAUGUCUUCUGUCGCACCAAAGAGGAGCAACGUGAAAUACGAAAAAUGGUGGCCUCGACAAAUAAAUUGUACAUGAUCUUUGCCGUCGUUUUCCUUGUCUAUUCCGUUUCCAGUUUGGUCGAUGGCUUGGUUCAUGGUCGUAUGCCCUUCGAUACGUAUUAUCCGUUUAUAAAUUGGCGUCUCAGUCGCACACAAUUUGUGGUGCAGGCUAUUGUGGAGUUCACUUCGGUGGGCUAUGCAGUAUUUGUGGCCACCUCGACGGAUUCGUAUGCCGUGAUCUUUGUUAAGGCUCUGCGCUCCCAUGUCAAAUUGCUGACGCGACGCCUGCAAAAUAUGCCCAGUGAGACGACGGCAGCUCAGGAUGAAAACUUUAUGCAUGCCAGUCUAGUGGAAUGUAUCAAGGCCCACAAAGUAUUGUUGGCAUUUUGUAAUACCAUCAGACCUUUGAUUUCGGGCACCAUCUUUGCUCAAUUCAUCAUUUGUGGCUCCAUUUUGGGCAUCACCACAAUCAAUUUGUUGGCAUUUGCCGAACCAUCGGCAAGAUUUGGCAUCAUUUUCUACAUGAUGGCCGUUAUUUUGCAGACCUUUCCAUUGUGUUACUACUGCAAUGCCAUUGUCGAUGACUGUAACGAGAUGUGCGAUGCUCUCUUCCAUUCCCCGUGGACAGAGCGAAAUCUACGUUUUCGCAAAACAACUUUGCAGUUUCUACACAAACUACAGGAACCGAUUGAGUUUACGGCCAUGAAUAUAUUUAGCAUUAAUCUGGCCACCAAUAUCAAUGUGGCGAAAUUUGCUUUCACUGUAUAUGCUAUUGCCAAGGGCAUGAAUUUGGAUGAGAAAUUGCAGAAGUAAAAGUCCAUAAAAAGGA